UCUACUCACUCACUAACCAAAACCCUCACUGCUCGAUCCCCAAGCUCGAGAUGGGAGCUUACCAGCCGCUGCAGCAUCACCAUGGCGGCGCCGCCGCCGGCUACUUCCUGCCAAGAACCGCCGUGACAUGGCUCGCCGCCGCCUGCCUCUCCCUUGCCCUCCUCCACCUCCUCUGCUGCUCCCCUCCCGGCGGCCACCAAGCCGUCUUCUCCCCUCUGCUCCAGUAUUUCAAUGGCAAUGGCACUUACUCCUCCAACAUCUCGUCUUCUGGGGUGGAGGAGAGGUCGUCGGCGGCGGCGUCGUGCGACUACUCGGUGGGGAGGUGGGUGCGGGCGCCGGGGCACGCGCGGCGGUACAACGGCACGGCGUGCAACGUCAAGCCGGAGCAGGACUGCGUCGGCAACGGGCGCCCCGAGACGGGGUACCUGGACUGGCGGUGGCAGCCGGCGUCGUGCGAGCUCCCGGCGUUCGACGCGGCGGCGUUCCUCGCCGCGGCGCGCGGGAGGCACGUCGCGUUCGUGGGCGACUCGAUGGCGCGCAACCAGGCGGAAUCCCUCCACUGCCUCCUCGCCGCCGCGUUCCCGCACGAGCUCGUGGCCCAGGACGCCGAGCGCUACAAGCGGCAGUUCACGCGGUGGUCGUUCCCGUCGCACGGCGUGACGCUGUCCACCUACUGGGCGCCGUUCCUCGUCAGGUCCGGCGGCAAGCCGUUCAACUACACCAUGCCCUACAACCUCGUCUACCUCGACGAGCUCGGCAACCGGUGGGACGCCGACGCCGGGACGAUGGACGUGGUGGUCCUCACCGCCGGCCACUGGUUCUGGAACCCGGCCGUGUACCACAGGCGCGGCGAGGUGGUCGGCGUGCACGCGCACCCGGAGCUCAACGCGACCGAGAUCGGCUUCACCUCGCCGUACCGGGAGGCGUUCCGGAGGGCCCUGGAGCGGCUGGGCUCCGACGGGCGGCGGCGGACCGUGGUGCUGGGCACGUUCGCGCCGCCGCACUUCGACGGGAAGCCGAUCUUUGACCCGACGGCGUGCACGAGGACGGAGCCGUACAGGGACGGGGAGAAGGAGGUGGGGAGCAUCGAGAGGGAGAUGAGGAGCAUCGUGUUCGAGGAGGCGACCGCCGCGGCGGCGGCGGCGGCGACGAUGAGGGUGGAGGUGGAGGACGUGACGAGGCUGGCGACGAUGCGGCCGGACGGGCACCCGGGGGUGUACAUGCACCGCGACCCGUUCGCUGGCGGCGGCGCGCGGCCGGAGCGGAUGCAGACGGACUGCCUCCACUCCUGCCUCCCUGGCCCGGUCGACACGUUCAAUGAGAUCUUGCUGCAGAUUCUGAGCAGGCAGCGGUGAUUCGAGCCAGUGCGUGCGUGCGUGCGUCGGUGCGUGCAUGGGCAUUGUUUAAUUGUGAAUUGUGACUGUGGUGUGUACGUGCAGUUCAAUUUCUCGUUUAUUUCGUCCUGCUAAUUGUAACUUCUGUGUGUUCUGGUCAACUCUGAAUUAACCAAUUUCAUGGCAACAGAACAAUUCUUAGGCUGUGUUCGC